AGAGGAGUUCUCGAGGAAAGUGCAACCAGUGGAGCUGCCAGAAGAGAACAGAUAUAUGUGGCUACCGAGUGUUUAGUGAGUGAACCAUCUUCAACAACCGCAGGAAAAUGUAUAUCCUGCCAGGUUGUAGUUUGAAAAACAAAUAUGUACUUCUUUGUGUAGGUUAUUAUAUUUUAGCCAUAGCUUAUUGCCAAACAGACAAAAAAGCCAAAGAUGAUGGAAAAGAAUUUGAGUGUCCUCAACAAGUAGGAAAUGGAAAUUUCGCUGAUCCUGGAAAUUGCAGACGGUUUUUUCAAUGCGUUGAUGGGUUUCCAUAUGUAAAUAGGUGUCCCUCAGGGCUCUACUUUGAUGAUAUAAGUAAACAAUGCACAUUCAAAAACGAAGUCAGAUGUGGACCCAUAGCUACAACUCCAGCUGCUAUUACAGAGCCCCCAACAGAUUUAGCAGUAAAAUGUAACCCUGCUGAAUGUGAACUACCAUAUUGUUACUGUUCCAAAGAUGGUACACAAAUCCCAGGUGGUUUGCAAGCUGAUGAUAUUCCACAAAUGAUCCUUCUGACAUUUGAUGGUGCUGUGAACCUGAACAAUUUCGAACAUUACCAAAAAGUGUUCAACAAAAAGAGACAGAAUCCCAAUGGUUGCGAUAUCAAAGGAACAUUUUUCAUAUCCCAUGAGUACAGCAACUACCACAUGAUACAAACAUUGGCUAGUGUCGGACAUGAAAUGGCUACUGAAACAAUUUCGCUACAGACAGGUUUGCAAGAUAAAGGAUAUGAAGAAUGGGUUGGAGAAAUGGUUGGAAUGAGGGAAAUUCUCAAACAUUUAUCGAAUGUGUCGAAAAGUGAAGUGGUUGGAAUGAGGGCACCUUUUUUGAAACCUGGCCGAAACACUCAGUAUAAGGUCAUAGAAGAUUUUGGGUAUAUUUUUGAUAGCUCCAUAAGUGUUCCACCUACUGACAUACCAGUUUGGCCAUACACACUAGAUUACAAAAUACCUCAUGAGUGUAAAUCUGGAACAUGUCCAACAAGAUCAUAUCCAGGAAUCUGGGAAGUUCCACUCAAUGAACAUUAUGUUAGAGACUUUGAAGGAGGCCACUGUCCAUAUCUAGAUCAAUGUGUACUUCAUAACAGUGAUGCUGAGGAAGUAUUUGAAUGGUUACAAGAAGAUUUCAGUAGAUAUUACGAGCAGAAUAAAGCUCCUUAUAUGAUGCCAUUCCAUACUAAUUGGUUUUCUAUUAAGCCGUUAGAAAAAGGUCUCCAUAAAUUUUUAGAUUGGGCCACUACUUUGCCUGAUGUUUACUUCGUAACUAUUACCCAAGCAUUAACCUGGAUUACUGAUCCAAAGUCUUUGAACCAACUCAAUAACUUUGAUGCUUGGGAUUGUCAGAAAAAGAAGGAAAACACUCCACCACCGCCAUGUAAUAUACCAAACAAAUGUGCACUGAACUUCAAAACACCAGAUAUGAAUUUUACUGAUAUUAGAUAUUUGGAAACUUGUUUUGAAUGUCCCAACCAAUAUCCCUGGUUGGGAGAUGCAGGUGGUUCUGGAAUUCCUGGGAAAGACAAUUAUAUCCCAGAUAAUGUUAAAUAAUUUUAGGAUACAUAUUUUAAAUUAAUACCAAAAUUGUAAGAUCCAAUAGUCAAUUUGUUGAUUGAACUAACAAUAAAUUAUUGUUUUUAUGUAA